CACAUUCUAGACAUUUAAGCAUUAGCACACAUAUCAGUUAUCAAUGCUGGAAGUGGUGUAUUGUGUGAAAGCGAUCAAAAAGAGAAGAUAGUCGCGUUUGCAUUCGGUUCUAGUCUCGAGUUCUCAUUUAUAAAUCCCGAUUUCCCAAUAAAGAAAAAAGAGAGCGAAGUGUCAAGGGAAGGACAGAACACCCAAUUCCCCUGUUUGUUAUAUACAGCCAUUGAAGAGGAAAAUUGGGUUUAGCCCGCUUGGAAAUUGGGCGGGAUCGAUUUUCGGAACCCUCCUCGUGUGUGCCUAUAUACCUGGUCUCACGUUCAAGAAUCGACGAAAGAUAGAUAUCUGAUAUCUCAGCGGAAACUCAGUUCCAACUAGAGGCGGAAAAUCAAGGGAAAUUCAUGCCUUCAUGCUUAGAAAUUCUACCUUCACCAGAAGGAGAGAACGGGGGGAAAAACAUUCAACCUGUUUCAUGUCUAUCAUCAAUGGAGCACUAAUCCUUUGGAUGUUGAUGUGGAGUCUCCGGAACAACUUCUCAUUAGGCUCCUACAAUAGUUGUCUUGACUGUGGGAAACUGCUCAGAAAGCAACAACAGCCUAAGCAACAAACGCUUUCCAGACAAAAACGAGACCUCACGUCGGACGAGAAGGAGCUCCGUUUGAAGUUGGAUGUUCGGAUUCACGUAAAAAAGGUGAAUGGAUCCUAUGUACCAUUGAAUGACGACUUCAAUGUCAUCCUGGACCAAGAACACAGCCACCUAAAACCUUGGAUAUUUGACAAGGAACCCUCGGUUGAUUCAGACUAUGGACCGGACAAUGCGUUCGAAAGCUAUUUUGAUGAUGUCAUGGAUCCCAACUCCGACGGAAACCAGAUCAGUGGAAUUAGCCAAGAACGUGAUGAAGGGAAAGUGUCUGCGGGUGACAAUCGCCUUUUCCCUCAUGUAAUACCUUGGCAAUAUUUCAUCACGGACAUCCAAGUGUCACUCAUCUGCCCGUGUACCGCCAUCAACGCUCGGUUUCUGUUGGCCUCCCAAACUUGCCUCCGAGAAUUGUUCCCCCAACGUCUUGUCGGAUUAUACGUCCUCAAGCACCUUCCAACGCCACAAUACUUGGCCAAAUUUGGACCCGUGGAAGAGCAUCUCCAAGUGAAGGACGUCAUCUAUCAUCAAGGAUAUCGUCGCUCUCAAACUGAAGGGGUGACCAAUGAUUUAGCCUUGAUCCUAGCCAGACACCCAGUCCUGAGCUCUAAUGGAAGUGUCCCCAUUUGUCUCCCAUUAAUCAAGGAUGUAUUAUUACCCCUCACGGGAAAGACGCUGGUCCAGGUAUUUUGGUCCCAAGGUGAAGCUCCCAAAGCGGAUCCCAUCGUUCAAGCCACAACCAUUCGUUCCAUGCGAGCUUUUCCCCCUUGUCGCAGGCUAUUUUCAUCUCAAAGAGUCUUUACCCGAAAUCGAAUGUGUUCAAUUAUGAAGGCCAGCGCAAAUUGCCAGGAUCACGUGUCAGGAGGAGCCUUGUCGGUUUUUGAUCAAGACACGCGCAGACAUUCGCUUGUUGGGAUCUUCAGCUUUGGAGGCACCACUUGCAACACUUUGGAACCGCAGGUCUUUUCGAGUAUUGAAAUGUUCAUGGACUGGAUCGUUAUGAACAUACAGUCUGGGGAAUGUGCCAACCUUUGAUUGGUUGUUGGAGUCUUGCCCAAAUUCAAACACACACACUUGACAUCUUCAAAGGGUUGCAAGUCGUUAAAAAUGAUGUGAACGUUUAUUUAAAACUGUCACGAGGUCGCAAACCACGCAAGCGAGUUUUGAUGGCCAUUAUUUCCCUCUACUCCCAAAAAUAAGCAUUUGAGGUCUUUGUGAGAGAGAGAACGAGAAGAAAUAAAAUGCAUCGUAAAUAAGUGA